UGAUUCGUUAAUGAUAUGUCUUAACACGGACUUAAACGAUCGAUCGCCAUAAUCGACUGAAACGUCUCGCUUUACUUUUUAAAACGUAACGUUACGCGACGCGGGUGGGUGCGAGUUUUAUAAGCAGCGAAAUAGCGAGCGAGCGAGCGCGCGCACUCGCCACAGCACGUAAAUAAAUUAACAACAAGAACACCAACUGUUUUAAAUAGUAGUUUAAACAGUACAUUAUAAUAAUUUAAUUAUUUGUAGUUAUGAAGUAGUAUCUUGGUGGAGAAUGCGUUUUGAGUGGUCGUGAGGCAACGAGUAGUUUGUUGGCUAGCUAAUGUUAGUUAUUUUUAGUUAUCUAGCUGCUAGCUUUAGGAGGAUUUGUUUUCUUAUAUUAUCCUCAACUGUAUAACACAACUGAUAUCGGCAGAGAUUUACGACAUUUCAAAAUUUUAUAAAGGAGCACGUUUGCUGUUAUGGGAGACUGAGAUUUGCCCAAGUGAAGAUGCACUAUUACAGAUAUGAAAAUGCUGAGGUCAGCUGUUGCUACAAAUACCUUAUGUUCAGCUACAACAUUAUCUUUUGGUUGGCUGGAACAGCAUUUAUUGCCAUUGGCUUUUGGGCCUGGAGUGAAAAGGGUGUGCUAUCAGAUCUGACACAAGUAACACGUCUACAUGGUUUUGACCCUGUUUGGGGGGUGCUGGUUGUGGGCACAAUCACUUUUAUUUUGGGCUUCGCAGGGUGUGUCGGAGCACUCAGGGAAAACAUAUGCCUUCUUAAAUUUUUCUCUGGAGUCAUUGGCUUCAUCUUCUUUCUGGAGCUGGCAGCUGCAGUGCUGGCAUUUGUGUUCCAGGGGCAAGUUAGGGAAUGGAUGAACGAUUUCUUCUUGGCCAAUGUUAAGGCUUAUAGGGAAGAUAUUGAUCUGCAGAACCUGAUUGACUCUCUUCAGAGACUAAAUAACUGUUGUGGAGCAAAAGACCCCAACGACUGGGAUCUGAAUGUAUAUUUUAACUGUUCAAAGAGUAAUCUCAGUAGAGAGAAGUGUGGAGUGCCCUUUUCCUGUUGCAUCAGUGACCCUGCUGAUACAGUGGUGAACACUCAGUGUGGAUAUGAUGUUAGAUCAACAGCGACCGAUUGGAACAAAACCAUUUAUAUCAAAGGAUGCAUCAUAGCUUUAGAGGAGUGGCUUCCACGCAAUCUGUACAUUGUGGCAGGAGUCUUCAUAAUCAUUUCACUAUUACAGAUGGUGGGAAUCUUCUUUGCAAGGACGCUGAUCGGAGACAUUGAAAAGGUCAAAUUUAAUUAUUACUGAUCUGACGUGACUGGAAGCGGCUGGAGAGCAGUGUAUAGACAGAUAUGUGGUGCUCAAGGAUAUGUUUGGAGAAAAGGACUCCAUUCUCUGGACCACAUCUUCAACAUUUCUGAAGACCAUAUAUUGAAUACACAGUUGCCUAGUUCAUUUGGAUGCUGUCACACCUGUGCCUUCUCUUCUUGUUUACCUCCAGGUCCACUUUCUUUUUUUGUUAAUAAAAGCCGUUUGUAUGUUUUGGGAUCCUUUUACACCAAGCAUGAAAGAUACUGCCACAUGAUGUAGUCUUAUCUCAGUAGAUAGUCAAAUGCAAAAUCUGACUUGAGGUGUCAUGAGAAACAGUUUGGUCAACCAAGCUUUAAUAAUCUAAAUGUUUUUGUAAGAUUGUUUUCAGUAAACUGCAGUAAAUACAUUCCCUUUUUCUUAGUACCUUAGUUAAGUGGGUUAGAUGUGUUUAAUUGGUGCAGAUACUGCAUUUAAUAGUAGCUGCACAGGCACAAGAUGUCACGUGUGAAUGGAGCAUGUUGUUGAGAAUGCAUUUGGAUAGGUAUUAAAUGUCAGCUAUUUUAGAAGGAGCCCAACAGAUAGUCUUACAGGCAAGAUGCAUUAGUAGGUUUUCUUAUCGUGACUGAUCCUCGGUUUUAUCCCAAACAACUAAUGUGAGGUAUUGUUUUUGGUAAAACCUUGUUAUGAUGUUGAGUCAUUUUAGCUUCAGCAUCGUUCCCUGCAUGUUUGCUGAAGUCUGAUGGUCAUCUAAUGUUUUUUUCAUCAGUACAGAUGUCUACAUUGCCUUUGAGAUGCCAAUAUUUACCUCCCUUUUUCUAUUUUAUCUAAUGACUUCAUAUACAAAUGCAGGUUGUGCCUUUGUUCAAAUAUUUCAUAUGUAUUUUGUACUAUGUGUAUACCGAAUAGAAUUGAAUGAACUUUUUUUGUAAAAAUUUCGAGUCAAAUCUUUAUUCUCUAAUCGCAAGCCUAACAACAAAAAGUCCUACUUACAACACAUAUUUAUCAGUAAUUAGCAAUAUUAAUAUUAACAUUAUGUUUACCCUUGGAUCAGGGGUAAUGUGACUUAAUAUGAAUUCUGACAAAUACAUUCCUGUCACCACCUGAACAGCAAGCAUUACUGUUCUCUCUAACCCAAAGACUCACAGUUUAAACGUUUUUCUGUUGUAUUCUUAUGACAUCUGAAAUGGACAUUGAUGCAAAAAAAGUUUGGUUAUUCUCAGUUUAGAGUGCACUAUUUUUUUCUUCUUUUGGGUGUGUAUGUCUGCCACUGUGUAAUGUUAAGGCUUGAUAGGAUAAAUAUUUACUGAGAUGCAGUAAAGUUUUUUUUAUUGCAAAGCCCUCUUUUUUUCAUGAAGGGAUGUUUUUGUUGUUUUUGUUAUGUUAUUUGUUGUUAAAUGUGUGAUAACUUUGUAAAUGUCAUAAUUCCUUUCAUCAUUUUUAUAUUCAAUAAUAAAUGAGUUUAAGGAUA